AUGGUGUCAAACCUGCUUAUAUUUGCUCAGGUUAUUUUCACAAUUUUUACAGUAAUUUGUGUUUUAUUCGAUGCAACUCUUUUAAUAAGCGUCGUUCAUCAAAGAUGCCUGAUCGGCUCGAAAAGCCCAUUUGUGUACAUUUUCUUCAUGUCACUUGUGGGUAUUUUGGGGAAACUUUGUGAACUGGCCAUGGUCGAUUCUUGGCCGAUUGCUGAACUUGUAGAUCCAGAAAAUGGCUAUGAAACCUAUCGUCGAUUUAUCGGUAAAGAAGUCACAUUUCUAUUCACAUUUUCCUACGUACUUCCCCUUUUCUUGAACUGGGUGAUGACUUACCAUCGAAUCUCCAUUUUUGUAUCGCCGAUCAAGGCAGCUGGGUGGUCUCCGAGUUGCGCCUUUUUGGAUAUUGUUCGACGAUUGGGGUGAGGAAAUCCGCAUAUUCACAUGAAACUAUCUCGAUUCUAGGUAUUAUUGAUGGCCUGGUUAUCGAUACCAUACUUUUCCGACUGCUCCACAAACUUCAGUGCUUUAACGAGCAGAGUGGUUUCAGGUUGUGCUCCCGACAAACAUCCGCUUACAUUGUUUCAAAACAAAUACUUGAUUUAUGUGCCGUUAGUUUCUAUGCUGGUGAAUUCAUCUAUAAUCAUAUAUCUCAAGUUGUCAAGGAAAAUGUCAGGAAAAACUGUUUUUUCUCGGAGCCACGUGAAACGAGAAAAUAUAAUGAUUCGUCAAGCACUGAUCAUUGGAAUCUAUCUGAGCGUCUACGAGAUACUGUAUCUUCACUUGAGACUUUACCCCGAGCAUUUCGAAUCGCUACCCCUCCAAGUUCAGUCCAUUUCAUAUGACCUCCGUUUGUUCGCAAUCGGCUCGUUGAACUUCUUCGUUUACUUUUUGGUGACCAAGUCGAUACGAAAUCUAGUAUUGAGAACUUUGGGAUUCAGACAAGCAAAUUUAAUUGGACCUGUUACAGUAUCUCAUAGCUAG